AUGGCGUUCUCUUCAGCCUUCUACCACUACUACACUGGAUUGUCACCUGUGACGAGCGCAUGCGUUACUGAGUUCAAAAUGAUGUAUGGAGGAGGAGGUGCCUUAGGAGGAGGUAGCUUCGCUGGUUACGGAGGUCUCAGUAGCUAUGCCAGUGGAUACGGAGGAGGUGCCGGCAUCAGUGCAUAUGGAGGUGGAAGCGGCUAUGGUGGUGGAUACGGCGGAGCUGGUCUCGGCGUUGGCGGUGUUGCAGCUGGUGGAGCAGGAGGUGGGGCUGGUGGCGUCGGAGGUGCAUCUGGAGUCAGCGUCGGGACUGCGCUGGUGGUCCGGCAGACGGUGCCGUAUCCCGUUCCAUACGCAGUGACACGUGACGUCCACGUGCCCGUAUUUGUGCCGCGGCCUGUGCCCGUCCUAGUGGCCACAGGAGGAGCUGGCGGCGCAGUUGGUCUAGGAGGAGGCGCUGGGUUCGGUCUAGGAGGCGGCAUCGGAGGUUACGGGGGCGGCAUCGGAGGUUACGGAGGCGGCUACGGUCUCACAGGCGGCUUUGGCGCGGGCAGCUAUGGCAUCGGUGGUGGUGGCGUGUGUGCAUUCACGGCGUUCGCUUUACAGGCGAGGGAAAUAGAGAAAUCCCUCUAA